GGCGCCAGCUAAGAGCGAGCGGACUGCGGAACGCACCACAGCCAUAUGCUGCUUACACACAGCUCGUUGGUUCAGUUUUACUAAACAAUGCCUUGUGUGAUACUCUACUAACUCUUGCAUCCGAAGAGAUCUGUGGAGAGAAGUAAUAUUUUGAGAGCAUCAUAACAAAGCUCUCUCCACUCAAGAGACACACACGCGUGGAUAUCAUGCCAAGCAAGAAAGUGACACAAACAGAGCAGAUUAGCACUACAGAUGCAGCUUCUAAAGCCGUUUCAGCACGCUCCAGGAAGAGGAAAGCAGAUGUGGCUAUUCACUUACAAGAUCCAGAUGAGGCGGUUGCAGAGAUGACCAGAAAGAAACCAUGUGCAUCCCAGGCCUGCUGGAAUCCUGACACGGGUUACACAAGCCCAUGCAGGCGGAUCCCCACACCUGAUGAAGUCGAGGAACCGGUUGCUGUUGGCAGCGUGGGAUUCGCACAGUACACCUCUGAAAAAAUGUUUGUCACCCCCACACGCUCUACCCCCCUGCCUGCCCUCUGCUGGGCGAGCAAAGAUGACGUGUGGAACAACCUGCUUAAAAAGGACAAAAUCUACCUGCGAGAUAUGCGUGUUAUGCAGAGGCAUCCGAAUCUCCAACCCAAAAUGAGAGAAAUUCUGUUGGAUUGGCUGAUGGAGGUUUGUGAGGUGUAUAAAUUGCACAGAGAAACAUUUCACUUGGGACAGGAUUACUUUGAUCGAUUUAUGUCCACACAAGAGAAUGUUCUUAAAAUGACACUACAGCUCAUUGGCAUCUCUUGCCUCUUCAUUGCUGCCAAAAUGGAGGAAAUUUACCCUCCUAAAGUGCACCAGUUUGCUUAUGUUACUGAUGGAGCCUGCUUGGAGGAUGACAUUCUUAAUAUGGAGAUUAUCAUCAUGAAGGAGUUGAAUUGGAGUUUGAGUCCUUUAACUCCGGUGGCUUGGCUCAACAUCUACAUGCAGAUGGCUUAUCUGAAGGAGGAUGCUGAAGUUCUCAUGGCCCAGUAUCCACAGGCCACGUUCGUACAGAUCGCAGAGCUUUUGGAUCUGUGUAUACUAGAUGUAAAGAGUCUGGAGUUUUCUUAUGGCCUCCUUGCAGCUUCCGCACUCUUUCACUUCUCAUCUCUGGAACUAGUGAUAAAAGUUUCAGGGCUGAAGUGGUGCGAUUUGGGUGAGUGCGUAAAAUGGAUGGUCCCUUUCGCCAUGUCAAUCCGUGAAGCGGGCAGCUCAACUCUGAAGACAUUCAAAGGAAUAGAAGCAGAUGACAUGCACAAUAUCCAGACCCACGUAUCUUAUUUGGAUUUGCUGCAAAGGGUUCACUCCUAUCAACUAGUGGACAUUGAGAGCAGUCAGAGGUCUCCAGUUCCAUCUGGAGUUCUCACUCCACCACCCAGCAGUGAGAAGCCAGAGAGCACAGUCUCCUGACUUCCAUUCAUGUAUGGAAUAGGGGACAACCCUGACUGAUGAAUUUAAAUAAGAAAAACGCAACAAAAUGGUGGUAUUGCAGGACACACCCGACAUCAAUUCUCAUGGAUCGGCAUAGGAUUCACAACCAAAAAUAUAUUGCGAUUCUUUUAUGCGACAUUGAUUUUAAUGAUCCAAAGGUUUGGUGUUUUUAUUUUUGUUAGUUUUACAAAUGUAUACUACCUGCCAAAAUCUCAGAGCUGUUAUUGGCUCUGAUUGCUGCUAAAAGAGGGUGGGACUGGAGCAGAUGGAAAGAUGACCACUGAGAUCCCCACACAAAUAUGAGCAUGGGGUUUCUGUGGCUCAGGUUGCCAUUUGGACCAGCAAAAUCCUGACAGGUUGUCAUGGGGACUGGAGUCUCCACUGCCAGAAAGGACCAGCGAAAUCACCAGCUUCAGAAGCUAGGACUCAGAUUUUUUAUAUUUAAGAUUUUUCUCUGGUUGACUGUUUUAACCAAAUCGGAUCAUUCCCUUUUAAUAGGUUUGUUUUUAAACAUGAUGCUGCUACAUUUCUCUAUAUCAUAUGUCUAAAUAAAGCAACUGUCUCAGACAGUUUU